CCGCUGCGCUGCGCUUCCUCCUCCUCACUUUUGGUCCGCGCGCAAUGGUGGAGCGAAAAAUGAGCCCCGUUUUGAAAUGGGCGCUGGUGCUGUUUGCCCUCGCCUCGGUCAUUCUCAACAUCGCUCUGAUCGUCGUCCACUCAGGCAGGACCCCCAGAUGCUCCGCGCAGCGCGUCCGCCCGCUGCUGGCCAAACAUGACGAGCGCAGCGUCGUGUUCGCGGAUCUGUCCCAGGAGGAGUACCUGCAGGUCCAGACCUACAUGCUGCAGCAGAAGGGCUUGGAGAUAAGCACCAAACAGACCACGAAACCCUCGGAAAACUUUCUGUUUCUGGUCGACCUCUUUCUCCCCAAAAAGGUGGAUGUUUUGGCGUUCCUGGAUGGGAAAGGCCCUGCGCCGGAGAGGCAGGCGACAGUCGUGGUCUUCCACGGAUCCACGGGCUUCAUCAAGGAGUACGUGGUGGGACCUCUUCCCAACCCGACUCACCACAGAGACGUUACGCAGGAGAAGUACCACAUGGAGCUGCCUAUAACCAAGCGUCUGGUGACGGUCGGAGAGUACGCGUUAAUGUUCGAGUUCUUUGAAAGGGAAGUUUUCUCCAAGCUGAAGAAAGUCAUGCAGGAAAGCUUCGGCGUGGGUCCAAACAGAAAACUCAACGCCUUCGAGCAAAUGCCCCGCGGGGUCCGGUCCGGUGACAGGCAGACCUGGGUGUCUUUCUUCCGAGACAUGAGCGGGAUGUACAUCCACCCGGUGGGCUUCGAGGUGCUGCUCAACCACCAGAGCCUGAACGCGUCCCGCUGGACGGUGGAGCGCCUGCUGUAUAACGGGCUCUACUUUGACUCCGUGGAAGAGCUGAACCAGGCGUACGAAGAGGGGCGGGUUGACAAAAUCGUUUACAAAGAGUCUCCAGACUACGGCUCUCUGAAGCCGAAGCCCGGGCUCCAGCAGCAGGUCGGCCCGCAGCAGUUCUCCGCGGAGGGGAAGCGCUUCAGCGUCAGGAACAACCACGUCGUCUACCUGGACUGGAGCUUCGCCUUCGGGCUGAGCGCGCUCACGGGCAUGAGGGCGUUCGACGUGCGCUUCAGGGGCGAGCGGAUCAUCUACGAGCUGAGCGUGCAGGAGGCCAUGUCGGUGUACGGCUCCGUCACUCCGGGCAUGAUCGUCACCAAGUUUCUGGACUCGAGCAUCGGCAUCGGGCGCUUCGCGCACGAGCUGGUGCGCGGAGUUGACUGUCCUUACGACGCCACGUAUGUGGACUCGGUCCGCUACAUCGACACCCCCAAACCCGUGAGGUUCCGGAACUCCAUCUGCGUCUUCGAGCACAACAUGGGCCAGCCUCUGCGGAGGCACUUCGCGGACUUCUUCCACCACAGCUACGGAGGAAUGGCCAACAGCGCGCUGGUGUUCCGGACCAUCACCGCCAUCGGGAACUACGACUACAUGUGGGAUUUCAUCUUCUACCAGAGCGGCUCCGUGGAGGCCAAGGUGCACGCGACCGGAUACAUCUCCUCCUCCUACAUGGUGCGCGGCAGCCUGAAGCAUGGACACCAGGUCGCGGAGAAUGUUCUGGGCAACAUUCACACCCACUUCAUCAACUUCAAAGUGGACCUGGACGUGAGUGGUGUGAAGAAUGUGUUCCAGACCAAAGACAUGGAGUUUGUGAAUGUGUCCCUACCAUGGAUUCCUGACCACUUCGCCAUGAUUCCUCAAUUGGUGGAGAAGCAACUCAAGACAGAACAGGAGGCAGCCCUGCGUUAUGACACCAAGACACCCCGUUACCUCCACAUUGCCAGCAAUGCAACCAACUCCUGGGGCCAUCAGCGAUCCUACAGACUGCAGGUCUUCAGUUUUGCAGGGGAUCAUCUGCCCGAAAGUCAACCUGAGGAAAGGUCCAUGUCCUGGGCCAGGUACAAGGUUGCCAUCACUAAACACAAAGACCAGGAGCAAACCAGCAGCAGUCUUUACAGUCAAAACGAUAUGUGGGCUCCAGCUGUGGACUUCAGCAGGUAUAUUGAAGACAACGAAAACAUUGAAAACGAAGACUUGGUUGCCUGGGUGACGACUGGUUUUCUACAUAUUCCUCAUUCUGAAGACAUUCCCAACACAGUGACAGUUGGUAAUGGUGGGGGGGUCCUGCUGCGACCCCAUAACUACUUUAACCAGGAUCCGUCCAUCCACUCUGUGGACGCGGUGUACCUUGAUCCUGGUGCUGAGGAAAGCUGUGAGAACAACAGGAUGGCCUGCUUUGCUCAAGAGACCUGUGGACCUGUCUUAGAACCCUUCACCUACCAGGGUUUUGACGGAGUCAUGAAAUUUGGAGAAUGGUCUUAAAUGACUGCAGAACCGCUUGUAGUAGCUGCAGAGAAGUGUUCUUUUGUCUUGUUUUAUUGAGGCAGAUGGACAUAUGUUUUCUAGUCUAUGAAGUUUUAUUUUCAUUUAAAAAGUGUAUUAAUUUUUUUUUAUCACCAACUUGUGACAGUAAUUACUAUGAGAUAUGUGUAUUUUGUGAUAGUCUUUGUUUUACAUGUAAUAGUUACAUCUAUCACAGCAAAGUCAUUAUUGGCAAUUUAAUGUUGAUGAUGAAAUGUGGUAUUUUUAGAAAACACACUUUUUAGGUGAGAAACAUUUUAGCAUGAUCCAGUAUACUGUGAGCUUGACAAACUAAUUUUUGCACAUACUUUUCUCCAAUAAAAGAAACAUGGAAUAUU